GUCUUCACUGCUUUGUAAAGUUUUACCCCUCCCGACCCGCCAAUUCCGAAGGGGCCCCGCUUCAAAUUCAAGCUCCCACUCUUUCCUCUUGCUCUCUCAACUUCCACUUCUACAAUUCAUUGACAACCAUCUUCUCUUUCCAAAUCUAAGUACUCCACACCACACAAUCCGUCAAAAUGGUCAAAGCAGGUACCUAUCCCCUUCCACCUUUCAUCGGCAAUCUAUUCUGCAUCCGUAGAAUCCAUGCACAACUCAAUCCGCGUGCUGUGUUCCAAACCGCGGGGUCCGGCAAGUGCCAAUAUGAGCAAGAUUCGAACGUUUGCAGCUUUUGGCUCUGGCUCUAGCCACGACCUUGAUGGAUACCAUACGUAUCCUCUUCCAUGCAGACUAUCCUAGUGCAGAGUCCUUGCUCUUGUUUACGUUGGGCUGGCUCGUAGUGUUUACAAAUCUAUAGUUGCUACUAUCCGGGGAGACACCAAGAUUGCCGGAACCGUCACUUUCGAGCAGGAGUCGGAAUCUUCCCCAACAACCAUCUCAUGGAACAUCACCGGCCACGAUGCCAAUGCUGAGCGUGGCAUGCACGUUCACCAAUUUGGAGAUAACACCAAUGGUUGCACAUCCGCUGGUCCUCACUGUAUGUUGCACUUUUGAUUUCUCCCGAUGGCGGAUACGUUACAAGAAUCACUUGCUGAUGAUGGAUUGGAUAGUCAACCCACACGGAAAGACACACGGUGCUCCUACCGAUGAAACCCGUCACGUAGGUGACCUGGGUAACUUCAAGACCGACGCACAAGGAAACGGUGUUGGAUCAACUACAGACAAGCUCAUCAAGUUGAUUGGUCCUGAAAGUGUUAUUGGCGUAUGUGGAAUACAAUCAUGUAACACAAGGAAAUACUGACAAUAGAUAGCGUACCGUUGUUGUUCACGCUGGAACUGAUGAUCUCGGAAAGGGAGAGAACGAGGAGUCCAAGAAGACCGGAAACGCCGGUGGUCGCCCUGCUUGCGGUAUGUUUCCACUCACUCUAUACAUAUGUGCUCAUUUACUGAUAUUGGGCUACAGGUGUCAUUGGUAUUGCCGCAUAAGCACCUCAGCCAGAUUGAGAUACACCAUCAUAGUUUCGAUCUUCUGAAUGUUACAAAUUGAUUUUGCCGGAAACAUUUUCGUAGCGGCGUGCGUACGCACGUAGGAGAUAGGUCAAGUCUAUCAGUCCCA